AAAGUAAUCUAAUUUCAUGCUGAAAAAAAAAUCUAUUUAGCGGGUUUCACUGCUGUUAAGCUUGGAAAAGGGUAACUUUUGACCUGAGGACAACACAAAGGUUAAAAGCAUACAACCUUUGUUAAUGUUACAACUACACUACUCCGCUUACCACCUUUUAAAAAAAUGCACUAAAAGUUCCAGGUUAUGAGUCCACACUUCCAUUAUAUUGAUCCAACUUCAUUUUAUAUAACCCCUAUAAGAAGGGGCUAUAUGCAUUUGUAUGUUCUGUUCUGUGUUUACAUUCAAAGAUAUAGAUUCAUUUUUUGCUUUGCGACUGAACUGGAAAAACUGGUUUUACACACCCACUGCAUGUUUGAAGAUUCAGUACGUGACUAAGUGCAGCCAACUGUUUGGCAAUGCAUGAUAAACCAUGAUAGACCAGUACUGCAACAUUUCAACAAACACAGCAUUUAGGUUCUUCGAUGGGUUUCUGGGGAUAUUCUUAAUUUUCAGUUAACUUCUGUUGAGGGAGCAUUUCACAAAUGGCUCUGACAAUGUCAUCUUUAUGAGCUGAUUUUGGAAUUUGAAUGCAAUCCCACUUUUAUCUGGAUACCUUGGGUUUUGAAUUUUUUUUUUGAGUUCUUUUCUUGGAUUCCAAACAUCAGACCCCUCACUUCUAGUUCAAUGACAUGAGUUAAAUUUCUGUUCAUCAUUCAUAAUAAUGCAUUUCCUUUUUAGAAAGAAUAUUGUCAAUUGUUUGCAAUUGGCUAUUGUUAUUUUGGCUUGUGGCUAUUGGAUAGUCACAUGUUUGUUUUUCACUGCCAAAGAAUGCCCUGUUCAGAAAGAAAAACAACGUAAUGAACACUGUGCUUGCAACCACUGCUUGUCACAACCAAACAUCUCAGAGUGGUUUGAUAGUCGUUUUAAUAAAAUGGUCCAUCCCUUGUUAUCCAAGAAAAAUGUCAACCUUCCUGCUGACACUCUGAAGUUUUGGAACAGUCUACAACCAUACUAUGUCCCUCCUCCAUUCCAAGUGGUAAUGAAGAAGGUGUUUCAGUUCUUUCCUGGAGGAGAACAGUACAUGGACAGUGGCCCCUCUCGCUGCCGAACCUGUGCUGUCGUUGGGAACUCCAACAACCUCUUGGGCUCUUCUUAUGGGCCUCAGAUAGAUGACCAUGACUUUGUGAUGAGGAUGAAUGAAGCAAGAACAGUUGGUUAUGAAAAAGAUGUUGGAAGCAGGACAACGCAUCACUUCAUGUACCCUGAGAGCGCCAUCGACCUGGAGAACAACACCAGUUUGGUGCUCGUACCGUUCAAAAUGAGAGACUUUGAGUGGCUUAUCAGUGUGGUAACUGAUGGAUCUAUCAAGUCCACCUAUCGUCGUGUACCUGCGAGGAUUAAGUUUAACAAGAAAAAGGUCUUGUUUUACAAUCCAGCUUUUCUGAAGUACGUUCAGGAUCAGUGGACCAAAACUUCACGGUGCCCCUCAACAGGCAUGCUUGUGCUCCUGCUUGCUGUCCACAUCUGUGAUGAAGUCAGUGUUUAUGGAUAUGGUGCAGACAGAAAAGGACUGUGGAAACACUACUGGGAGAAAGUGGAAGGCUCCACGCACCUGUAUAAACACAGCGGGAACACAGAAUAUCACAUCUUAGAGAUGCUCCAUGAAGCUGGGAAAAUCAAGCUUAGCAAAGGGAAUAUUCUGAAAACAAGGUGAAACAGAAAGGCUUCUGUAAAGGCCCAUAACUUGUUUUAUGUUGACAUAUUCACCAGUAAGUUAACUUUGAAAGUUCAGUGCUUAAAAGUCAAGGUAGGGUGUUGGAAAGUGGAAUGGACAUUUUGAGGAAGGGUACCCUGUGUUGAUGUGUUGACCAUGUGGAUUGCAGAGCAAGGAGUAUCAGAACCUUUGGUUCUGAGCAGGUCAUUGCUGCAUACUUCCCCAGCACAGCACAUUGGUUAACCCAGCAUGCAAUCACAUCACAACUUUUUCAUUGCUUAGGUUUUGGUAUAAUUUGCCCCUGAAAUAAACUUUCCUUUUCUCAA